AUGCGUGAAAUUGUUCACCUUCAGACCGGCCAAUGCGGCAACCAAAUUGGUGCUGCUUUCUGGCAGACUAUUUCUAGCGAGCACGGUCUCGACAGCAAUGGCGUUUACAACGGCACCUCCGAGCUCCAGCUGGAGCGCAUGAGCGUGUACUUCAACGAGGCCUCGGGCAACAAGCAUGUUCCCCGUGCUGUCCUCGUCGAUCUCGAGCCCGGCACCAUGGACGCCGUCCGUGCCGGUCCUUUCGGCCAGCUUUUCCGUCCCGACAACUUCGUCUUCGGCCAGUCUGGUGCUGGAAACAACUGGGCCAAGGGUCACUACACUGAGGGUGCCGAGCUUGUCGACCAGGUCCUUGACGUCGUCCGUCGUGAGGCUGAGGGCUGCGACUGCCUUCAGGGUUUCCAGAUCACCCACUCGCUGGGUGGUGGUACCGGUGCUGGUAUGGGUACUCUGCUGAUCUCCAAGAUUCGCGAGGAGUUCCCCGACCGUAUGAUGGCCACCUUCUCGGUCGUGCCCUCGCCCAAGGUCUCCGACACCGUCGUUGAGCCCUACAACGCCACUCUCUCGGUCCACCAGCUGGUCGAGAACUCGGACGAGACCUUCUGCAUUGACAACGAGGCUCUGUACGACAUUUGCAUGCGCACCCUGAAGCUGUCGAACCCUUCAUACGGCGACUUGAACUACCUGGUUUCGGCUGUCAUGUCUGGCGUCACCACCUGCUUGCGUUUCCCCGGUCAGCUUAACUCUGACCUCCGCAAGCUUGCCGUCAACAUGGUUCCCUUCCCUCGUCUCCACUUCUUCAUGGUUGGCUUUGCUCCGUUGACGAGCCGCGGCGCCCACUCUUUCCGUGCUGUCACCGUUCCCGAGUUGACCCAGCAGAUGUUCGACCCCAAGAACAUGAUGGCUGCUUCGGACUUCAGAAACGGUCGUUACCUGACCUGCUCUGCCAUCUUCCGUGGAAAGGUCUCCAUGAAGGAGGUCGAGGACCAGAUGCGCAACGUCCAGAACAAGAACUCGUCGUACUUUGUCGAGUGGAUCCCCAACAACAUCCAGACUGCUCUCUGCUCUAUCCCGCCGCGCGGCCUCAAGAUGUCGUCGACUUUCAUUGGAAACUCGACCGCCAUCCAGGAGCUGUUCAAGCGUGUCGGUGAGCAGUUCACUGCCAUGUUCAGGCGCAAGGCUUUCUUGCAUUGGUACACUGGUGAGGGUAUGGACGAGAUGGAGUUCACUGAGGCAGAGUCCAACAUGAACGAUCUUGUCUCCGAGUACCAGCAGUACCAGGAUGCUGGUGUUGACGAGGAGGAGGAGGAGUACGAGGAGGAGGCCCCUCUUGAGGGCGAGGAGUAG